GAACUUUUUUUCUGGCGUACUUAUGAGAAAAAAAAGCGAAACACGUUUCCCAUCACAUGCUAUUAUUUGGUCUUCAUUUGCCUUGAUAACUGUCUGUCCAACUACAGUUUGACUGUUUAUUUCACGAACUUCAUUUGAUUGAUCUUUUGCCAUUCAGGUACCCUUCUCUGGAUGGGUGAAAUGGCAGCUGAACCUGUUAAUGUGAAUGAAUUUCAAGAAUUAGCUAGGCUAGCCCUUCCAAAAAUGUAUUAUGAUUACUACUCUGGAGGAGCAGAGGACCAGCAUACCUUGAAGGAGAAUAUUGAAGGGUUUCAAAGGAUCAUGUUUCGGCCUAGAGUUCUUGUCAACGUGAGCAGAAUAGAUACUUCAACUUCAAUAGUUGGUUACAAGAUUUCGGCUCCCAUUAUCAUUGCUCCAACAGGUUCACAUCAAAUGGCACACCCUGAAGGAGAGGUUGCAACAGCAAGAGCAGCUGCUGCUUGUAACACCAUUAUGGUUUUAUCUUACUCAUCUAACUGCACUAUAGAGGAGGUUGCUGCCAGCUGCAAUGCUGUUCGCUUCUAUCAACUAUACGUAUAUAAGAGGCGAGAUAUAACGCGCACACUACUGCAGAGAGCUGAAAGGAAUGGAUACAAAGCUAUUGUCCUAACUGCUGAUACUCCAAGACUUGGUCGAAGGGAGAAAGACAUAAAGAACAAAAUGAUUACACCUCCCCUGAAAAAUCUGGAAGGUCUCUUAACAAUCACCGUGGCCCCUGGCACAGGCUCGAAUUUAGAAGCUUUUGCCAAUGAGACUAUGGAUGCUUCUUUAUGUUGGGAGGAUAUGGGUUGGUUAAGAUCUAUUACAAACUUGCCAAUUUUAAUCAAGGGGAUUCUCACUUGUGAAGACGCAAAAAAGGCUGUGCAAGUAGGUGCUGCUGGGAUUAUUGUCUCGAAUCAUGGUGCUCGUCAGCUAGAUUAUUCUCCAUCCACUAUUUCUGUACUUGAAGAGGUGGUUCAUGCUGUUGAAGGAAAAAUUCCUGUUCUAAUGGAUGGAGGAGUCCGGCGAGGUACAGAUGUUUUCAAGGCCUUGGCUCUCGGUGCAAAAGCUGUACUUGUUGGCAGGCCUGUAAUAUAUGGCCUGGCUGCCAAGGGGGAGCACGGGGUGAGACGAGUCAUCGAAAUGCUGAAGAAUGAGUUUGAACUCACCAUGGCCCUUUCUGGUUGUCCUAGUUUGAAACAUAUCACCAGAAACCAUGUCUCAACAGAGCGUGACAGACUCCACUCGAUGCUCUAAUCUUUUGUUCUAUGGGCUGUGAAAGAAAUGAGUAUUGGAAAGGUUUCUAAAUAUGUUUUAAACUGGGUUUCUUUUAAUAAACUGUUGUAUGUCUAAUUUAAUUUUGCAUGGAACAAGUCCAAUAUGAAGACAUGUUACUAACAGUGAUUGCUUUUGGGGUUUAUUUUUUGGAUUAUGAGAUGAUUCUUGACUUGAGAUUUUUCAA